AUGAACUUUUCAAUGAAGCUCCCUUGUUCUCAUUCUCUUGUAACUUUAAUUUCCACUAUAGUUUUCCACUUGAUAUUCAAUUUAGUUAUUUGUUUUGAAACAAAUGCAAAAGUAGAACUUCCACCAAAUGUUUCAAUUCCUGCAUUGCUUGUGUUUGGAGAUUCUAUCAUGGAUACUGGAAAUAAUAACUUUAAAAAAACAGUAGCUCGAUCCAAUUUUGCACCAUAUGGAAUAGAUUUUCCUGGAAGGGUUGCAACCGGUCGAUUUAGCAAUGGAAAGGUUCCAUCAGAUUUUAUAGUUGAAGAAUUAGGCAUUAAAGAAUAUCUACCUCCUUACUUGGAUCCAAAACUCAACCCUAAUGAAUUGAUCACUGGUGUGUGUUUUGCAUCUGGUGGCGCCGGUUUCGAUUCCUUGACAUCAAAAGCACAGUUUGCUAUACCUUUAUCAAGCCAGCUAGACUCAUUCAAAGAAUAUAUUGGAAAGCUUAAAGCCUUGGUUGGAGAAAAUAGAACAAAUGACAUUUUAGCCAAUAGUGCUAUCCUUUUGGUAUUUGGAAGCAAUGACAUUUCCAACACAUAUUUCAUAUCUAAUUUGAGGAAAUUUCAAUAUCCUGAAUUCUCUUCAUACGCCGAUUUUAUAGUUAGUAUAGCUUCUAAUUUCACCAAGGAACUAUAUCAACUAGGAGUGCGAAGGAUAGGAAUAUUCAGUGCGCCGCCGGUGGGGUGUUUGCCUAUGCAGAGAACAUUGGCCGGAGGGUCUGAGAGAAAAUGUGUGGAAAAGUACAACAAUGCAACAAUGUUAUAUAAUGAAAAGCUAUCAAAGGAAAUUGAUUCUCUUAGUCAGAACUUAUCAAAUAGUAAAAUUAUUUAUCUUGAUGUUUACAAUCCAAUACUGGAUAUCAUUGUGAACGACCAAAAAUAUGGGUUUACAAAUGCAGACAAAGGGUGUUGUGGCACAGGAAAAGUAGAGGUUGCGUUUUUAUGUAACCGUUUUGGAUCUGUAUGUUCCAACCAUUCAGAUCAUGUUUUUUGGGACAGUUUUCACCCCACAGAAGCCACUUACAAAAAUGUUGUACUCCCCGUAAUGAAAACUUUUCUGAGCAAACUUGUGUGA